AUGCUUCCAAUGUAUACCCCUUCCCCUCCUCCAACUGCUGUUGCUGCUGCGGCGGGUGGUUUGACUGCUUCUCAUCCUAACUCUGUUGUGGCUGCUGGUGCUGCCGAUGGUGCUGCUGCUGGUGCUGCCGAUGGUGCUGCUGCUGCUGCUGCUGCCGAUGGUGCUGCUGCUGCUGCUGCUGCCGAUGGUGCUGCUGCUGCUGCUGCUGCGUCCUCUCCUUCCUCCUCCUCUUAUAUCUCCGAGUCUCCUUGUGCAACCAACCCUUCUGGCCCUGCUGCUGCUGCCGCUGCUGUUGCUGGGCUCGACUCGGCUGCCGAUGUGUCAGUGCAUGGAAGCUUUCUCUACGCUCUCACCCAGGGUUCACAGCAAGAGAACCCAAUGCCUUCGUAUGGAGCAGACACACAGGGCGUGAGGCGGUUGAAUCCAAUGGAACGCAGCUUAAAUGAUUUGUUCUCUGCUGUAGGAACGGGAGCAGCAGCAGGUGGCGGGAAGGUGGAAUUUCUUUCGUCCAGGAUCAAAGGAGAGGUUUUGUCACCAUCAGCAGCAGCAGCAGCAGCAGGAGCAGCAGCAGGAGCAGCAGCAGCAGCAGGAACUGCAGGAGUGACGAGGGCUGGUGAGGUGAAGCACGGCCUUGUGCAGUGGCCUGGGGGGCAGGGAGGGAAUGCGGCUCUUGGGGACCUGAAGCAGCAGCACUCACAGGUUUCUGCGCUGGGUCAAGUGGGUCAAUUUGAAGGCCAAUCCAAGGGUCGGUUUGAGGGUCAAUCCUCCCUGGGUCAAGCCCAGGGUCAAUUCCAGGGUCUUUCACAGGGUCAAGCCAAGGACGGGGAUCAUCAGGUGGGGGAGAAGGUGGAGACUGGUGCAAUCAACGAGGAGAUGGGUGGUGCUGCUGGGAUUGGGAGCGGUGGUGGGAGCGAGGCGGCGGGAGGGAGCGGUGCGAUUGAUGGGGUGCUGAGGCGGUCCCUGCGGUCGCCGUCAGAGCGGUUGAAUGAGAUGCAGUUGGAUGAACUGUCGCAGUAUUUCCGCAUGAGCAUUCAGAACGCAGCGCGAGUGUUGGGGGUGGGGCUGACAGUGCUGAAGAAGCGAUGCCGGGAGCUCGGCAUACAGAGGUGGCCGCACCGCAAGCUCAAGUCACUCGACAACCUUAUUGAAAACAUGAAGGAGAUUCACGGCCCCAUGGCAGCAGAGACAGUAGAGCAGCUUGAAGCAAAGAAGGAGCUGCUGGGGAAGGACCCGAAGCAGGGGCUGGACCCGCGCAUCAAGACGCUGCGGCAGGUGUGCUUCAAGGCCAGCUACAAGCGCCGCAAGGCGCACACUGGGUCGUCUCUUAAGGCGCUCCAGGGGGAGAUGUUGGCCGGGGAGAUGAAGGAGAGGGGUGGAGGGGUGGGAGGAGGAGGGGUGGGAGGAGGGGACGGGGUGCAGAGUGGUGGGAAGGGAGAGAUGGGGGGGAUGGUGGAGGGAGGAGGAGAGUGUGGAAUGGAGAUGUGA